AUGAGCUUGAAAUUGAAAGAGCGGUUUGGAUUUUGCUUGUGUGCAUCUCCAGCCUCUCAACCCCCUGCAGUUGGGUCUACUGAAGUAACACCUUCUAUAACACCUGAAGUUGAUGUUACACAAGUAACACAACAGGAAGAUUCAAAAGGGGAUCAUCCUGUUUUUCCAGAUCAAGUUGUAGAAAUUGGGAAAAUGCUAGAGAAAUGUUUGCUGGAUUUGGAGAUAGAAGAUCUUUUCGGUGUAACUUUGGACAAUGUCAGUGCAAAUAGUGUGGCAAUUGAAUAUCUUCAAACCAGUGUCAUGAAUUGGACAAGAGCAACAGUUAGAUCUCAAUACAUGCAAUGGUCUCAACUUAUGAAUUUAGUAACUUAUGAUAUUUCCUUGUUUCAUUAUUUCAUUCUUAUCAGGUUAUACAAAUUUAAAGAAUGUGCUGCUCUUGAGAAGAUUGAUUGUAAGAAAAUGGUUUUCUUAUAUGUAACUAGGUGGAAUAGCAUAUAUCUAAUGCUUGAAGAUGCAAUUCCAUAUGAAAGGGUCUUUAAGAGUGAAGAUUAUUUUCUUAGUUCAUCUUGUGAAUCUGAAUGUGAAGUUGAUGUAACUAAAAAGAAGAAUACGAAGAAAAAGAACAAGCCCCGUCAUCAUGCUCCAUAUGCUGCAGACUGGUCAUAUGCUAUGUGUCUUGUGAAAUGUUUAAAGAUCUUCUUUGAUGCUACAGUUAAGUUCUCGGCUUCAACACAAGUUACUACACAUGAAAUUUUAUGGCAGUUGGCUUUGAUACAUGAACAGUUGGUUCGUCUUAGAGUUAUAGGAGACCAAGAUUCUCAUAUUUAUAGGAUGGUAGAACUCAUGUUUCGAACGUACAACACAUAUUAUGGGGAUUACGAAGACAUGAACUUUGUUCUGUUUUUUGCUAAGUUGCUUGAUCCUCGAGAGAAAGAGUCUGGUUUAAAGUUUGAUCUUGAAGGUGUAGAUGACAUGGUAGUUUGUGUGCAAGAAGAGAACAUUGAGGAUAUGCUUGAGUCGAGGAAGAAAAGGAGAAGAAUGAAUGUUUAUUGUACUCAUCCAAAGUCAGAACUUGAAAGUACCGGAAAGCGCAUUCUUAUUCCAUGGAGAAGCUCGUUAUCUUCCAGUACAUUUGUGACACUUCUCUGUACGCAAAGCUGGUUACAAAAACCUAUUGGUCUUGAUUUCAUAUGUGACUAUGUACCAGAUGAUAAUGCCAGCAUUUAA